AUGUCACGGGUAAAGAAGCUUAUCUCAUAUAAAUGCGUGAGAAUGAAAACCAAAAAUCAUUUCAGUAAUGUAAAAUCACUGUCUACUAAAAUUACCAAAACGCCGAUCAUAACUUUUUAG